CGGCGGCCGUUCUAGCCGGAGCCGUCUCUAUGGCCGCCGCGUUUUGCGAUGUUUAUUGUCUCGGGGACAGGGCCCGGGACCCGGAACAACAAAGAGCGAGAGCGACGGGGCGCGUAGCAACCGGGCCGCGCGCGGCGGAGCCGGGGACACUCAACCGCCGGCCCAUGCGAAUGUGAUCUUCAUGGUAUGCUGGUGGGGAAUCUGAGUUUUCAACCACCCCAAUGGAUGCAGACAGUGAUGUUGCAUUGGACAUUUUAAUCACAAAUGUAGUGUGUGUUUUUAGAACAAGAUGUCAUUUAAACUUGAGGAAGAUUGCAUUAGAAGGAGCAAAUGUGAUCUACAAGCGUGAUGUUGGGAAAGUAUUAAUGAAGCUUAGGAAACCUAGGAUUACGGCCACAAUUUGGUCCUCAGGAAAAGUUAUUUGCACAGGAGCCACAAGUGAAGAAGAAGCUAAAUUUGGUGCCAGACGAUUAGCUCGUACUUUGCAGAAACUAGGUUUUCAGGUAAUUUUCACAGAUUUUAAGGUUGUCAAUGUUUUAGCGGUGUGCAACAUGCCCUUUGAAAUCAGAUUGCCAGAAUUUACGAAGAAUAAUAGACCUCAUGCUAGUUAUGAACCGGAGCUUCAUCCUGCAGUGUGCUACAGAAUAAAACCUCUCAGAGCUACCUUACAGAUUUUUUCAACAGGAAGUAUCACAGUAACGGGGCCAAACGUAAAGGCUGUUGCCAGUGCAGUGGAACAGAUUUACCCAUUCGUGUUUGAAAGCAGGAAAGAAAUUUUAUAACUCACCACUUAAUGGUUAGGUUCCCUAACCAAGCACCUUUAAAGACUGCUGCACAUUGGACUAAAAGCAAAAAGGGAAAACUGGACCAACAAUAGCUGAGGAAAUACAGACUCUUUUACUUGUUCAUUGCCGCAGUGUAAAUUCCAGUCCCUUCAGAUUUUAUUUUGAACAGUGCUGUAUUGUAAAAACAAAAGUUUACAAGAUACGAAAUUGCUGCUUUUAAAAAGACGUUCUAUUUAUUUUUGCAGUAAUUUCUGUGUAUUCAUUAGCAAACUUGUCACGAUGUGCACUACCUUUCAAACUUUUUUUUUUUUUUUUUUUUUUUUUUUUUAGUUUGAGCUUGUGUUUUAUUUGUGAAUAGUCUUUUACAUUUUUGUAUGCUGAAUAUUGGGCACCAAAGAAGCUGUAAAAGUUAUCUUUUUCACUUGAUGAAUGUGCACAAAUAAAAAUUUGGAAAAUCUCUCUUAAUACCUGUUGUUAUAUUCCUUUUCUCAUUUUCUAUUACAAUUAAAAUUGUAUAGUUGCAAAUUAAUUUGGAAACAAUGUAAGUGUAGUCCCUUGCUGAUACUUAUGUUCCUACUUGUAGUGUGUAUGUAUAAAGUAAUAUGCAGAGGGCUAGACUGAAAUCAGUGGUAGUUGCAUACAUGUAUCAGAGGGCAGAAGUUAGUUUGUAUUCUUAGUUUCUCUUAACUAAAUGCCAGUUUUUAACGGUUUUCUUGCUGUCGUGUUGAAGGGAAUAUGCUUCUAAGCAUAAUGGCCGAUGAGCUUUCAUCUUUAGGUGAUGGAAAAAGCUUACAUUCUGAAGAAGCCUCAGUGGAAAAGACAAGCAACCCUUGUCUACUGGUUGGAUGUGAAAAACGAGCCAUCUCAUGAGCUUGUUCCUGGUGACUGACCGUGAAGGAAAGAUCAUCUUCUUGGAGCUGAAGCGAAGCAAUGUAAUUACCAUGCUAUUUAUGAAGGACUAACCAAGUCCUGUGUCAUUGGUACUGCAUAAUAGUAUUAUCCUGACAAGAACUGCCAACAAGCAACAGAGCUUGGCUCUCGCAUGUAAUUUCAUUGGUAUUAAUUUUGGACUUGAAAGCCAGUAUUUAUCCUCUUAAUACAUGCACAUAUGGAACACAGGAGGGGUGAAUACUUAAAGUAAAUGAAAACGUUACUUUUAAAAGUUACAGUAAAUAUGUAUAAAUGUAUAUAUGUCUAUUUUCCCAUUUGAACCUUCAGAAAUUAACACAAAAUGCAUAUUUGGUGCUGCAGGUGGUAUACAACCUUAACUCGAGUCAUAAAAAAUAUACUGUGAACAUCCGUAGUACGUGAAAUCCAUAAAUGUGAAACAAAAAUAAAGCACUCUAAAGAAAUCAUAGCUAAAGCACAGCAGCCUACCCUUUAUCCUGUGUGUAGAGAAGAAAUGGAAGGAGUUGGGAGCAGCCAUUGUGUCUUCAUGUGGAAAUGGCAAAGGAAGGGAAACAAACAGUAAAUAUACAGUCAAGGUUGGUAGAGGAAAAGAAUAUCCAGCAGUGAAAAGGCAGAAUAAAUUACUGGUAGCCAAAGGCAUUAAGUGAAAUAAGAAUGGUUUUUACAGUUAUAUCAAUGAAGGUUGUACGUGAGGGUAGAGAGAGCAUGUCUGGCCUUCAAUAAAUGUGAGAAACUAAACUGAGUCUAAAAUCACUGAGAAAUAUUUUUAAAAUGUAUCUUUAAGCAACUGAAGAGAAAUAUGUCUGUACAGAUGUUGGUUAAAAGGCAGUUAAAGGAAUACUUGCAAACACAAAUUGGCAUGUUUGUAUAAUAUCUUAUGGAUUCUACAGUGUCUUGAACCAGUGGGAGUUAUUUGAAAAGUCAUGGAGAACAACGGCGGUAACAAGAUGAGGGAGGAAGUGGGAAGCAAAUGUAGCCAAUCUUGUUCAUUACUGUUAAGUAAAUGUGCCUAAUAAAAUUAUGUAUCAACUGUCUUAA